AUGGCAUCUCCGCAGCUCAAAAGCACUCCAUCUUAUCCAUUGCAAAAUUCCGAAGACACGAUUCCAGUUGAGUCCUCAGUUGUGUUUUCCUCGUCAUCGCCUACAACCUCUUCUUCGUUGAACUCGCCAGCGAUGUCAGGUGCUUUACAAAAUCAAAAUAUAAACAGGAAGGAGGACGAGUACCAGUACAAGUACGGCUUGAAUGUCGCUAGAUGCAAUCCGUUAUUGUUUGGACAGCAGUUUCAACAGCAAGAUAAUCAAGCAAAAUCACUGCUUUUCAACCACCACCACAGUCACAACAAUCACAGUCACAACCAUCACAGUCACAACCACAACCACGGUAACGACAACGACGACAACGACGAUAACGACGACAAGAACGACAAAAACGACAUUGGGCUCUCACAGGUUUCAACCGUUGAAAUUCCAGCAGAUCCUCACACAUAUCUAAUCCAGGGCAACUAUUACGCAGUCCCCAACUUACCUUGGUAUGCAGCACAACUUGUUUCAGCUGACUAUAUGGGGAACCACCAACCUUCUGAUUUGAGCAACAUUAGUACUGCUUCCUCGUUUCAAACAGAUGGAGGCUCAUUCGACAUGCCCAGUACAGGCGAAUUUGGCCAUGCCAAUAGCUCAUCUACUCUAAAUACUAGUCAAUCUUACAACAACUACAAAAACUUACAAGUAGAAGGGACUUUUCAAGGAGCUUUUGACGUAAACUUCAAUGAUCAAAAGUCGUCUGACGCAGCCACCGACAACCUCAACACUUCCAUGGAGUCUUUAACUUCCAUCCUCCUUCCUGUAAGAUACCCAAACCCAACACAGGCUCAAUCCAAUGUAGAUUUGUUUCUACAAAAGCAGGCUCUUAUCAAGAGUGUGGCUAACAGUGACGCUGGUGCUCAGUGGCCGCCUCUUCAAGAACCACAAUCGGCGUUCCCACAGUGGGCAGACGGCAACAGCAAUGUUGCAAGAACAGUUGUUUCGGAAGGACCAUACUGCUUUGAUGAUAUUCGAUCGAGUUCGCAUUCAAGCACGUCGCUUGUAGGCAACAACGAGUCGGAAGUAGAAGUGUUGUUAUCGAGAGAACCAGAUUUUGAAACCACCGCCAAAAGCCCCUUACCGAGCGCGACGCCCACUUAUCCUCAGAUGCAUGAAACACAACCCAACAACAACCACAACCACAAACACAACCACAUCAGUUCCAAGUUCAAUGGAGCAAACACUUUUACCGGAUCACUCAAUUUGGAAGUGGAUCUUUCAGCGGUUGUUUCUGCUCCAACAAAUGUUUCCCAUCCAAUGCCCCAAAGAGCCAUGAGAUCUUCUUCAAACCCAACACCUAGUAGCAAUAGACAAGGAAUACCAGCGACUAAUGUAUACCACCACCACAGUCCCGACCCAUCAACCAUGAUCCUGUUGUAUUCUAAAUCUUUGCAAUUUUCGAAAAAUGCCACCACCAACACCACUAGUAGCAGAGAUACGAAAUUGGUUUCCGUUGCAGCUGCCAGGCGCAGAACCAGCAAGGGGAACAAUCAAAGCACGGAAGGCUCCUUUAACGAUCACGACCACGAAAACUAUGACCAUGAUGACCACGACCACGACCACGACGACUACAAUCACAAAACCCAUCAAGCUAAAACUGCACCCAGUUCGCGUGCAACAUCACCCAUCACCAUCAACCAACAGCACCUGCAAUUCGAAAUCAAAAAGAAGAAAUACACAAGAAGAAGACUCUUGCCGCGUUCGAAACGAGGAUGCUGGACAUGUCGAGUUAAGCACGUGAAAUGCGACGAGACGCGACCCACGUGCAAAAAUUGUGCCAAGUUUGGGCUAAGUUGCGAUUAUAGUGUCGUGAAACCGGAUUACGUAUCUGACCCCAGGUUGAGGGCGUUGAAGUUGCAAGAGACGGCCAUCACGCGGAAGAACUUCCAGGCUCAAAAGGUUAAGCCUGUUAAAGUUUCUAAAGUGCCUCGCAAGCGUAGAUUCGAUGUUGUUACUGCUUAG